AUGCACUUCAAGUCGCUGUUCGAGUUUCUGCUAAUGGUUGCCUACCUCGCAGAAGACGCCGUCGCCCACCCGCCCGACGUUAUUCCACACACCUAUCCUCCUGGGCACGAUCCCAAGGCAAUUGCGAAAGCCAUGGCCAACUGGCGGCCUGAUCACGGCCAUCAAAUCUGGACAUUGAGUGGACUUCGCGAGGGUGACAUUAUGGACCACAAUCCAAACUCUAGAAACGUCAUUCGAGAUUCCAACAAGCUUUGGUUCAAUUACACGGUCCCAUACGUCAUUCAGCCUGGAUUGACCCAAUACGAGCGUUCGGAGGUGUUCAAGGGGAUGAACCUGAUCAUGCAGGGGUCGUGCAUCAAGUUCCGGCCGUACCAGUACUACACGGACCGCGACUACAUCUACCUGAGGUACGACGAAGUGGGCUGCUGGUCGUACGUUGGGCGGCAGGGCGGCGGAGGCCAGGUCGUCAGCCUGGCGCGCAACGUGCCCGAGGGCACGUGUCUCUACCACGGCGUCGUCGCCCACGAGCUGCUGCACGCCAUCGGCUUUGAGCACAUGCAUAAUAAUUACAACCGAGACGACUAUGUCUGGAUUUAUUACAACAAUAUCAGAGCAGGAGAAGAGCACAAUUUCGUGAAGAUUUCACCGCAGGAGUACACCGACUAUGGCGUUCCUUACGACUACGACAGCGUCAUGCACUAUGGCAGAACGGCCUUUUCAGGGAAUGGAGGCGAAACUAUCGUUCCCAAGGACCCUAACGCUAGGACAGGGCAGCAAGAGUUCGUCUCUCGAAGGGACUUUUUGAAGCUCAACACCAGAUAUCCGUGUAACUUUGGAAAGUAGCCAGUCAAAAG